ACUAAUAAACACUCCAAAAGCUACCUGGUUACCAAUUCUGGCUUUCCUCAUAUAAUUUAUCCUAUUUUUCUUCACUUCCUCUCACACAUCCAGACCCCCCCACACACACCAUGGCUCUCUCUAAGGCUGGUUUAGACACAGAUGUCUCUAUUCAUUCUACAUUCGCCUCUCGAUAUGUCCGAACUUGUCUUCCCAGGUUCAAGAUGCCACAAAAUUCCAUUCCUAAAGAGGCAGCUUACCAAAUCAUUAAUGACGAGCUAAUGUUGGAUGGAAAUCCAAGGCUUAACCUGGCAUCCUUUGUUACUACAUGGAUGGAGCCUGAGUGCGAUAAGCUUAUCAUGUCUUCCGUCAAUAAGAACUAUGUUGACAUGGAUGAGUAUCCUGUCACCACUGAAUUGCAGAAUCGAUGUGUCAACAUGAUAGCACAUCUUUUUAACGCACCACUUGGAGACUCAGAGACUGCAGUUGGAGUAGGGACUGUUGGAUCUUCAGAGGCAAUAAUGCUUGCUGGAUUAGCAUUUAAGAGAAAGUGGCAGAACAGGAGAAAAGCCGAGGGAAAGCCUUAUGAUAGUCCCAACAUUGUAACCGGUGCCAAUGUUCAGGUCUGCUGGGAGAAAUUUGCAAGGUACUUUGAGGUGGAGCUGAAAGAGGUGAAGCUAAGGGAGAACUAUUAUGUAAUGGACCCUGAAAAGGCAGUGGAAAUGGUUGAUGAAAACACAAUCUGCGUAGCUGCUAUUCUUGGCUCUACUUUAAAUGGAGAAUUUGAAGAUGUCAAGCUCUUGAAUGAUCUUUUGGUUGAGAAGAACAAGAAAACUGGAUGGAAUACUCCAAUUCAUGUGGAUGCAGCAAGUGGUGGGUUUAUUGCACCUUUUCUUUACCCAGAGCUUGAGUGGGAUUUUAGAUUGCCAUUAGUGAAGAGCAUUAAUGUUAGUGGCCAUAAAUAUGGACUUGUUUAUGCUGGGAUUGGUUGGAUCAUUUGGAGGAGCAAAGAAGACUUGCCUGAAGAGCUCAUCUUCCAUAUUAAUUAUCUUGGAGCUGAUCAGCCUACUUUCACCCUCAAUUUCUCCAAAGGUUCUAGUCAAGUCAUUGCUCAGUACUAUCAACUAAUCCGUUUGGGUUUUGAGGGAUACAAAAACGUAAUGGAGAACUGUAGAGACAACAUGCUAGUCCUGAAAGAAGGAUUGGAGCAGACAGGACGUUUCAACAUCGUGUCAAAAGAUAUUGGGGUACCACUGGUAGCAUUUUCUCUGAAAGACAACAGCCAACACAAUGAGUUCGAGCUUACUGAUUUACUGAGGCGGUAUGGCUGGAUCAUUCCAGCCUACACCAUGCCCCCAGAUGCCCAACACGUUACCGUGCUGCGGGUGGUGAUAAGGGAAGACUUCUCUCGCACCCUAGCAGAACGCCUUCUCAAUGACGUCCAGAAAGUGUUGCAUGAGCUUGAUUCUUUACCGUCUAAACUUCUGAGUAAGGUUUCCAUUUGCGGAGAUGAUGAUAACAAUGUCGUCGUCAAGAAAACUGCGUUAGAGACCCAAAGGGAAGUGACUAUGGUUUGGAAGAAGUUUGUCAUGGAAAAGAAGAAAAUGAAUGGUGUUUGUUAAUAAGACUUUUCAUGUCUCAUCACAGAAUUAAGCUUUUCUGUUGAAACUAUUUGUAGUCUUUCAUUUUUAUUUUCAAGUUUCUUUUUAUUUUUUAAAUAUGGAGAGAAGGGAUUAAUAUUGGAUGAAAUUUAAGUUGUGAGGCUUACCCUUAUAUUGAUUAUUAUUAGUGCUUACUUGCACAAUUUUGAAUAAUCACAGUUUCUUGGUUUUUUGGGUUGUUCA